AUGCAGCUUUUCUUCCUUCUCUUCACCCUUUUUGAGCUCGUCUUUACGUCUCCUGUAGCACACCCUCUCAACAACAACACUUUGGCACGCCGAGGUGUUAUCAACGCUACAGAUGAGCUUGACACAGGUGCUCAUGCCGGAUUUCCCGUCAAUUCACAGAUGCGGUGGCCUCGUCUCCCAAACUACCAAGUUCUGAUCCCAUGGUGCUUCAAAGAUGCUGCCUCGGAGCAAGCCAUUGGCGCACAUAUCAUCGAUCGCGCAUGGGAAACCUGGACCCGCACACUUGGGGUAGCUUCCAUUCAGAACGGUCACAACCUAUAUUUCAGCCGCUGGUUGUCAGCAAGCGGAGAUAGCUACCCUUACUGCUAUGACGCGAACGGCCAAUGGAACCAUCAGAUACCUCCGCAGACCGUCUGUAUAUCUUUCAACUACUACUACAUGCCGGGUGUUCAGGCACGAUCGACAGUCGGCUACAAAGGGACCGAGAAUACACCGGGUCGACACUGGAUGGUCUUUUCCCAUGACGCAAUGAUCCGAAAUUCCGAGCAUGUUGCUACACAUGAACUCGGUCAUAUCUUUGGCCUCUUACACGAACAUCAGCGCGCCGACCGAGAUUUCUACAUUAAUUACAACUGUAGGAAUGUUAUCGGAUUCGAUAGUGCACUAGCAAAAGCUCGAGCUGAUGGCUACACCGAGGAUCAGCUCUGCACUCAGCUAGGGGUCGCCCAGAUGUACGGAUGGGGUGGCGCAGAGUUCGUCAGGUUUGCACCUUCAGCCACGGAUAUUGUUUCACAAUAUGAUUUCCACUCUAUCAUGCACUACGAUUGUCGCCAUGGGGCUAAUUCUGCUAUAUGGGGGCCAGAUCCAACGAACCCUUUACUGUACCCGUUGUAUGCGUUCAACGUGGCGGGAGAUGAAGCUCACUUCCUGCCUCUCAAAGGCGGUAGACCUUAUCCGCACUUUGAUAUCUCUGCUGGUGAUGCAGCUACCGUUCGGGCUAUGUAUCCGUUCUACCCCAAUGCCUGA